GGAACGUCAAUAUGUUUCGUAUUCCGGGAUUUGUGUACAUUUUUGUUGUGGUUCAAUGUUGCUGCCACCGUUUGGAGACGGGUUUGCGGCCGGGAAGUGGUUGUGAAGCGAGUAACAGCGCCUCCCGAGAUGGGCUGGCGGAGUGCCCCGGGAGCACCCGUAUUGUUUAUAUCGAUCCAUCAUGACGUUCGGGGAUGUAAGCGGUAUGCCUUCAUCAUCAAGACCACGAGGAAUGUCUGGGGCUGGAUCGGGCGGAUCUGGCCGACCAGCUGUUACGACGCCAAUGUCCGAACGUCAGCAGAUGGCAUUGCUAAUGCAGAUGACUUCUGGCUCCAACGAUGCUGAAAUGAGUCCCGGAGGUGCCAGUAGCAGUUCGGCACAUUCAAGAUCCUCCCGGGACAGGAUUAACGAACGGGGCGAAACGGCGCUCCACAUAGCGUCCAAAAAGGGCGAUCAGGAUUCGGUGAAGAAACUGCUCGAGCAGGGAGCCAAUCCGAAUGUCACCGAUUUUGCUGGAUGGACGCCACUGCACGAGGCCUGCAAUCAUGGCCACUACAACGUUGCCCUCGCCCUGGUUAAGGCGGGAGCGAACAUUAAUGCGACCGGCUUGGAAAAUGAUACACCGCUCCACGAUGCGGCCAUUACGGGGCAGCUGAAGCUGGUAAAGAUGCUCGUGGAGCGUGGUGCCGAUCCGUCGUUCAAAAAUCAGAAAGGCAAAACACCAUGCGACGUAGCGGCACCGGCUGUGUACAACUAUCUGACGCAAGCAAGAGACAAUGCCGUCUCCUCCCGGCACCACGGGCCGCAUAUGAAGAAGUCGGCCAACUCGUCCGCCGACACCGGCAGCAGUGGCGGUGGACCCGGCUCCGGCAAGCGAACGCACGGAAACAGCAAUAGCAACAGCAGCAACAGCAGUAAUAACACGAUGGGUAACACCCACCAGGACAAUGACCAUGCCGGUGAGCAUGCGGGUUUGGGCGGUAGCGCCAGCGCGAAGGAUAAGGACGAGGACGAUAUUUACGAAUUUAAAUCCACCCCGAAAGAUUCCAGCUCGAGCUCGAGCGACGAGAAGGAGGUUAGUGGCGGCGGCGGCGGCAAGAAAGGAUCGGGCGACAAGACGGUCGACGGGGCACACCAUCACGACGCGCACGACCAUCAUCACGGUGGCUCGUCGCGGGACGAUCCGCUAGCGCUGGGCCAUCAUCACGCGGCGGACGAUAAGCAGAAGGAUGGUACGGGCAGUGGCGGUACGGAUCAUGGGCCUGGCAGCGGUGGCAGCCUUUCCUCCACUUCCGGUGUACCGAAGCGACCCUUUUCCGAGCUUAACGAUGGUGGCGAUGACGGCGGCCCAACGAACGAGGAUGAAACGAAGCGCAAAAAGCGCAAAGAUGCUGACCCGCUGGGAGGGCUCGGUGGCGUUGGCAGUGGUGCGGGAAAGGAUACAGCUUCCUCUGGCAGCCUGUCCGGGGGGAAAUCGGGCACGGGUGGUAGCCGAGGCUCUACGCCCCGCCAGGAGAAGGGUGGCAAGGCGGCGGGCGGUGUAGUGUCGGCGAAAACGCUCGGACUGUCGGCGAAGGGUGCGCUGGAUCGGAAGAGUCCCUGCGCAAGCCCCAAACCGUCCCAGGGAGGUGUUGGCGCCGGGGGUGGAAGCAGUAUGGCAAGCGGGGCACCGGCAGGUACAAACGUCACCGGUUCCGGUGGUUCGGUUGGGUCGAUCGGCGGGACAGCGGCCAGUGGAUCGUCGGCCACGGGCAAGGGUGGAUCGUCCGGUACGAGCAGCAGCAAUGACAGCGACGGUGAAAGCACCAUGAUGGGCGGCGCCGAAGACGGCGGCAAUGGGAAGGGGGGCGGUGAGGGAGGGUUUGGAGGCGGCUUCAGCGGUCCCAAGGUGCCGCCGCUCAAGAUCGUCAUUCCGCAGCAGAGCGCCGCCGGCGACGCGGAGGUCGGUGGCAACACGCGCAACGGGAAGAACGCGUCGACGCGCAACCAUGCCGCGCUGCCGUACGUGGUGGCGUCCUCGAACAGCAACGAUUCGACGGCGGACAAGGAAAGCACAUCGUCCCGCAGCGCUAGCCCGGCCGAUUCGAAAAGCUCGGACGAGAAAAAUCCCUCCCAGAGCGGCACCAGCAAGGAUGAGCGGACGCAGCAGCGUGUGUUGCGCAGCUCGCACCGUGGCGGCAAUAGCAACAGCUCCGCCAAGGAUGGCAACACGUCCGGUGUCGAUCGGUCGAACAAUUCGUCGCCGCAGAUGCAGCAGCAGGGCAACAGUGGUUCGCCCUCGCCGAUGUCCAGCAGCGGUGGAUGUGAUGGGACGGAGCGAGGUGGUGGAGGAGGCACGUCCGGCACCACCGGUGAAGGAGGAGGACGUUCGACGCAGACAAACAGUCCAGCGGGAGCGACAGCGACAGGAGAGGGUGACAAUGGCUCAUCGACUGGUGGCACGGGAACGGGUGGCAAUCCAAAAAGCCCCACCAACGUGACUGGUUCCACGGGAGGAUCGGGGACGGGUAAUGGUGGAUCAAACGAAAGCUCCGCUGGAACCGGAACGGGCGGUGGAACAAAUGGAACCGGUUCAUCCUCCAACUCCACAGCCCGGGGCGAUGGAUCGGGUGGAGGAGCAUCGGGAGCAGCCUCAACCGGUGGACAAUCGUCUGCAGGCGGCAAUGGAACAGGAUCGUCCGGCACGGGGCCGACACAAAACAACAACUCAUCCUCAUCGUCCUCCUCCUCGUCCUCUUCCUCCACCUCCGAAUCGUCCGUCCAUCCGCGCAAGCGGAAAAUCAAAACGAACAAAGACCAAUCCGCCGCUGCUGCGUCGUCCGGUGCGGCGGCCGGUAGCAAUGCGACCGGCACUGGCAGUAAUUCCGGCACCGCUCCCGCCGGUGCAGCGGGUUCCUCCUCUUCCUCAUCCUCUUCCUCCUCCUCGACCUCCGGUGCGGGUGCAACGGCGAGCGAGGACAAGAAGGAAGCGCGCGAAGAAACGCCCGACGUCCAUCCGCACGAUCAGCCGAUCACGAACUGCUACCAGAUGUAUCUGAACAUCCGCAAGCAGAUCGAGCGGCGCCAGAAGAGCCUGUUCCCGGUGCAGCCGAAGCCGCCGCAGGGCUUCAAGGACUACCUGAUGAACCGGUGCACGUACGCGCUGGCCGGCAAAACGCCGACCGAACCGAACGUCCAGGUGCCGGCCACGCUGCCACCCUCGCUGAAGGAGAUGUUCCAGGCGCAGGAGAAGGAGCGCCACAAGCUGCGCAUGCAGCACAUCGUCGAGAAGGAGAAGCUGGUGCUGGCGGUCGAGCAGGAGAUACUGCGGGUGCACGGGCGGGCGGCCCGGGCACUCGCGAACCAGUCGCUCCCGUUCUCCGUCUGCACCAUCCUGAAGGACGAGGAGGUGUACAACAUCAUCACGCCCGAGCAGGAGGAAAAGGAUCGGAACGCGCGCAGCCGGUACAAUGGGCGGCUGUUCCUGAGCUGGCUGCAGGACGUGGACGACAAGUGGGAGAAGAUCAAGGAAGCGAUGCUGCUGCGCCACCACAACGAGGCGGAAAGCUUGCACGCGGUGCAGAAGAUGGACUGGGAGUGGAAGAUGAAGGAGCAUCUGCUGUGCGAGUUUAAGGCGAAACCGUUCAUCGACGAGACGUACGUGCCGAUGGUGAACGUGAAUGAUGAUUUCGAUCUGCUGCCGGCGUAGAGAGAUAGGUGCGCCCAAGCGUUGCGCAUUUUUUUGCUUUUGCGGAACACCAGCGUGCGUUUUUUUUAUUUGCGCAGAAUUGCGCAUGGAGUGGAUGCAGACCGGUAAAGGAUGUAUUUCUUUUUUUAAUCACGUGGAAGACCGUAAGACGAUUGUUGGUGUAAAUAUAUGUACUUAGCAUGUAAUCAGAUACCGGAAUAAAAGUAUUAAAAUACAAACUA